AUGAGGGUCACCCGAGGUAUGCACCUGGAGGCCGAGGUCGCCCGGGACGUGUGGCGCGCCGGCGAGGUGGUCUGGGGCAACGGACACUCGUACGUCCUGCGGUGGUUCGACGGCGGCCCAGACUCCGGGCGCAUCCCGAGGGCGGGCGUCCGGCCGCUCCCGGAUCCAGCCGUCAAGCUGCCGGCGGACCUCGCCGCCGGCGACGACGUUGAUGUGUUCCACAGCAACCUGUGGAAGCGCGCCAAGGUCGUGGGCGCCGCCGGCCACGGUCAGUUCGAGGUCAAGAUCGCCGACUCGACCGAGGUCGUUGAGGCCGACCUGAGCGUGCUACGGCCCUGUAUGGUGUAUGGCGGAGGGGAGAAAGGCUGGGCUGUGAUUCAGAAGGGUGACAAAAUCCCCGUCGCAAGCGCCCAGCCAUGGCGCCCCGUCGCUGGCAAGAACAUCAAAAGCAAAGCCAAUAUCAAUGGAGGCGGCAAGUUCGCCGCGCAUGCCACCAAUCUCAAUCUGGGCGGCAAGACGAAGCGGAGCAACUACGCGGUGGACGCCGACAUUGUCCAGGACGUCAAGAGAUUUCAGGGCAACGUCUUCUUGGCCAAGAGAGAACCCGCAGCAAGGUACAGUGACAGCAACAUAGAGGUGAUGGAUGUACACCCAAGCCAUUACCUCAAGAAACGGGAGCAGGAGACCAGCAACAAACCCAACGAUGAAGAAAUUGAUGUGGUCGGAGGAGGAACGGACAGCGACAGCGACGAUGAUUCCAACAGUAGCAAGUCUGAUCCAUCGUCAUCUGCUGACAGCAGUGACGGAGACAGCAGCAGCAGCAGUGGCGGAAGCAACAGCAACGGUGGCCGCGCAGUUCCCGUCACCGGCGAGCAUUGCCAAGAAAAUCAAGAAGCUGCGACUCCAAGCUGCGAGGAAGAAGAGGAGCAAGAUUCCGAGGAGAGGACAGAGUCCCAUGCCAGCGCGGGAAUGCACCACCGCCUGGCCGAUGAGGAACAGGUGGUGAUGGUGAAGCAAGAUCAGCAGGUAGAGGAGCAUGAUCACCGCGUCCAUGGCCUGGAGCUGGAGGCCUACGUGAGCGUCAUGAAGGCCUUCUACUUCACGGGGCCGCUGACCUGGGCCAAGGAGGAGCUGCUGUCCGACCUCCGCCUGCAGCUCCACGUCUCCAGCGACGAGCACCUGCGAGCGAUAUGGCGUCUCAAGGGGAAGAAGUAAAGAAACUGCAGGCAGGCGUUUCAGUUCAACGGCGGCUAUUGCUGAUUGCUCUAGUUUGUAACCUGUCAAUCUGUGAUAGAUUACUGUACGUAGUUGGGAGUGUCAAGUCAGUCAUCAGUUGACUGGAUUUGAUUUGGAUCUCAGCCAAAGUUUGAUUAUGAUCAUUUUGGGUCCCAGUCAAAUUUUGAUUUUGAAAUUUGGGCCUGGAUCAUCGGUUCCAACUUCCAAAAUUAUUGCUGAUUGCUAAUUUGUCACCGGUGAUAAUUCAUUGUAGUUGGGACUUGGGAGUGUCUAAUGAUCAUUGGACUGAAAUUGAUUUGGGUCUCAGUCAAAUUUUGAUUUUGAUUGCUAACUUGUAACCUGUCAAUCUGUGAGAGA